AUGUCGUGGCUUUCUGAAUUGGUUCCAGAACCGACAAGCCGCCAUGCACUUUCAUUCAGAGCCUUCACUCAUGAGCUACUCCCGCCUAUUCUAUCCUACUAUGUCGCCGCAAUUCUCGUCCUCCUACCCCACACAUUCGCUAUCCGACUCGCCCUGCUACCUAUAACACUUUGGUCUGCCUUCCAUGGGGCAACACAGCUACAUCUAGUUGCUGGCUAUGUCCAUGAAGAGCGGUUGGUUUAUCUGAACCAAGGUCUCCUGCUGACGUUCACCACCCUCGCUAUGAGAGCUUGCAUAUGGACAUUUCGACCAGAACCUUAUGAGCGACCCAAACGUUCCCCACAGCAUCCAUCGGCGCCUUCAAGUACCGGAACACUGUUGCUAGAUGCCCUAGAUCUCGCUUUCAACCUUCGAGGUAUUGGAUGGACGUGGUCCCAAGGCUUGCGACUUCCUCAAGAGCGACGCCCUGUAGAGUCCAAAUUGUCCUUCCUACUGACCACCCUGGCGUCUUUUCUCGCCCACGCCGCCGUAUUCGACAUCCUCCAUUACGUUGUUCAGUCGUUUGACCCAACUACGAUCGGUUCUCCGAUGGGAGGUACGAUAUUCGACUCUUCUUUGCCACCACAUCUCCGCUAUGCCCGCUCAAGCGUCAUUACGUUCCUCGGAGGGCUCUGCGUGUACACAGCAAUAAACGUUGUAUACCACUUCUUCACCCUCGUUGCAGUCGGCUUUCUAGGAAGUUCUCCUUCCCAAUGGCCUCCGACAUUCGACAAGCCCUGGCUCUCUACGUCUCUCAACCAGCUCUGGACAGCAAGAUGGCACCAACUCUUCCGCGACAAUUUUAUUUGCUUCGGUGGAAAACCUCUUCAUCUCUUGAUAGGGAAAGUUGGCGGUGUUAUUGGGGCAUUUUUGGCUUCUGGCAUUCUACACGAUUUUGGUUUAUGGGGUAUGGGUCGCGGCAACGACUUUCGCAGGGUGGUGGGAUUUUUCCUCAUGAACGGCGUUGGCGUCAUGCUUGAACGCGCUUGGAAGAUGAUGACGGGGAAGCACGUUGCUGGAUUUUUGGGAUGGGUAUGGACCAUGGCUUGGAUUAUUGGGUGGGGCAAUAUGUUGCUCGAAGCGUGGUGUAUACGUGGGCUAGUAGGUAGCAUGUUUCUGCCUGACAAUUGGAGACCAUCUACGUUACUCUUUGGACCAUUAGAUAUACAUAUUUAG